AGUAGAUGGGGUUUAAUGUUGGAGAUAGACUUGUGGGGCUUUCUUUUUCUUUAACACACAGCUGGAGGAGAGAUUGAGCUGAUUGAUCCCUUAAAUCUGUUGCAGAAAACAAGACCCUAAAGGAUCUUCCUUCUUCUUCACAUCAGGAGGUUAAGUUCAAUCUCAUUUUAUUCGGGUGUCUACCGCUUGCUUAGAUUGUUUGAGGAAGACGAAGCAGGUUGAAUCGCGGUGGAUUUGAUGCCACACAACGAGGCUGAUCAAGUAGAUUACAUGGCGGAAGAAGGGGACAUGUCGGAUUUCGUAGACGAUGUGGACGAGGAAGAAAACGGUGAUGGAGAUCAAAAUCUUGAUGAUUACGAUAUGCUUACAAAGGUGACGGAUACGUCCUCGGCUCAAGCAAGAACCGGGAAGGAUAUCCAAGGCAUUCCAUGGGACAGGUUGAAUAUAACAAGAGAGAGUUAUAGACGCACAAGGCUCGAACAGUACAGAAACUACGAGAAUAUUCCCUUGUCGGGUGACGCUGUCGAUAAGAAAUGUAAACAAAAGUCAAAGGGUGGAAACUACUAUGAGUUCUUCCAUAAUACGCGAUCAGUGAAGCCUACAAUCCUUCACUUUCAGUUAAGGAACCUGGUAUGGGCCACUUCGAAGCAUGAUGUAUAUCUUAUGUCUAACUACUCGAUCAUGCAUUGGUCGUCAUUAUCACAAAACUUAACAGAAAUUCUUAAUUUUUCUGGGCACGUGGCGCCUACUGAGAAACAUGCUGGAAGUUUGUUGGAAGGCUUCACACAAACUCAGAUCAGUACACUAGCGGUCAAUGAUGAGUUUCUUGUUGCAGGAGGCUUUCAAGGAGAACUCGCGUGUAAGAGAUUGGAUAAACAGGGAGUGAGCUUUUGUACAAGAACAACUUAUGAAGACAAUGCCAUAACAAAUGCUAUUGAGAUAUACGAUACCUUGAGUGGUGGAAUGCAUUUUAUGGCAUCGAACAACGAUUGUGGUUUGAGGGAGUAUGAUAUGGAUGGAUUUCAGCUCGUGAAUCAUUUCCGUUUCCCUUGGCCAGUGAAUCAUACAUCCUUGAGCCCAGAUCGCAAGCUCAUAACUGUAGUCGGUGACAAUCUCGAUGGAUUGCUUGUAGACUCUACAAGUGGAAAGACGGUUGCCACAGUGGAAGGCCACCUGGACUAUUCAUUUGCAUCCGCAUGGCAUCCAGACGGAAAAAUCUUUGCAACAGGCAAUCAAGACAAGACUUGCAGAGUAUGGGACAUAAGAAAUCUUUCAGAACCGCUUUCGGUUCUUAAAGGCAACAUGGGUGCGGUUCGGUCGGUUCGUUUUUCAUCAGACGGGCAGUUUUUGGUGGUUGCGGAGCCUGCAGAUUUCGUUCACGUCUACAACACCAAAUUAAACUAUGAAAAACGGCAAGAAAUUGAUUUCUUCGGUGAAAUAUCUGGUGUAUCUCUUAGCCCUGAUGAUGAAACGCUUUACGUUGGAGUGUGGGACCGGACUUAUGCCAGCCUGCUACAGUUUAACAAACGACAUAGGUACGGGUACCUUGAUGCGUUUGUGUAGUAAUAACUGUCGUAAAAUAAGUCGACCCGUUUGUUGGAAGAGACCAAUUAAGUGCUAUUAUCUAAGACCUGUUAAAAAUGUAUAGUGAAAUCUUUUGAAGUUGAGAAAGGUUUGUUGACUUUGUUAGGAGCCUUGUAAACUUGGGACAAAUGGGUUGUUGCUUGUUUAAUGUCAAAUUAUGGUUGGGUUAUGCUGCCA